AUGUCCGACAUCAACUAUGCACCCGCGUUCAAGGUGUACGACGACUCAGCAAAGAGUAUAUUCGGGGACGGGCCGAAGCUUGAGCUCCUUUACGAGAACUAUGAGUACCCGUUCGCACAUGAAGCUGGUGUCUUCAUGCCGGAGGACAAUACACUGUUCAUCACCAGCAAUCAAUACAAUGAUUGCGAGGGCUGCCGCAAGAUACAAGUCUGCAAGGUUUCCUUAUCUUCUGCGGGGGGUAGCACGACGUGCGAGGAGAUUGACUGUCCGGAUAUACCGAUGGCAAAUGGCGGCGUGAACUACGAAAACGGCCUUCUAUUCUGCGCCCAAGGAACAUUGGACACACCGGGCGGCAUCGUUUUUAUGGAGCCAAAACCUCCUUAUCGCUGUCGCAAAUUGAUCAGCGGGUUCCACGGCCGCGAGUUCAACUCUGUCAACGACGUGGUCGUUCACUCUGACGGAUCAAUCUGGUUCACGGAUCCUAUAUAUGGCUUUGAACAAGGGAUUCGGCCCAAGCCGAAGCUUCCUAAUCAAGCCUACCGAUAUGACCCCGAGCGUGAAUCUGUGCGUGCUGUCGCAGAUGGAUUUGGUCGGCCAAAUGGAAUUUGCUUCAGCCCAGACGAGAAAAUUGUUUACAUCACAGAUACCGACUGGAUUCACGGUGACGGGACCACAGACGAUUGUCGAGUGUCGCAUAUGUGA